AUGGACUCUUCUCAAAACUCGACCCACUUAAGUGCACAAUCAUUAUUCAAUCCUGAGCACUUAAAAUUCGUUAAUAAACAGCUCUCCGAAUUAAGUCCUCCUGAUAUUUUACGUUGGAGUAGAUGGACAAUUCCUCAGUUGUUUCAAACGUCUGCGUUGGGGCUUUCCGGAUUGGUGAUUUUAGACAUGCUUUCAAAGAUGGAAAUCAAAACCCCAAUGAUUUUCAUCGAUACCUUGCAUCAUUUUAAGGAAACUAUUGAUCUUUUGGAUCAAGUAAAGAAAGUAUAUCCAGAGGUUCCCAUUCAUGUAUAUCGUUGUGCUGAAGCAGCAUCAGAAGAAGAAUUCGCUAAAAAGUUUGGUGAAAGGCUCUGGGAAAAAGAUGAAAAUAAAUACGAUUUUUUGGUGAAAGUUGAGCCUGCCAAUAGAGCUUAUGCAGAAUUAGAUGUACUUGCCGUUUUCACAGGUCGUCGUCGCAGUCAAGGUGGAGAACGUGGAUCUUUGGAUGUUGUGCAAGUUGAUGGACCUGUAAUCAAGAUCAAUCCUUUAGCCAAUUGGUCGUUCCAACAAGUUUAUUCUUACAUUAAGGAGAAUAAUGUACCCUACAAUGUUUUACUGGAUAGAGGAUAUCGGUCUGUGGGUGACUACCAUUCUACUCAACCUGUGAAAGAAGGUGAAGAUGAGCGCGCAGGACGCUGGCGUGGUAAAGAAAAAACUGAAUGUGGAUUGCAUACACAAAGCAAAUUUUCUCAGUAUCUUGCAGAACUUGAAAGAAGAAAGAACGAAGAAUCUAGCAAUAAAUAA